AUGCGUUUUAAAGUUCAUCCAGCUAAUCUCUCUGUAAUCCCCAUCUACGCCCCGAAUUUCUCUUCUGAUAAAAUCGUCAUGGAUGAGUUUUAUGACAGCCUUCAAUCGCUUGUUAAUGAAGUACCCGAACCGGAUUUACUUGCCAUAUCAGGGGACUGGAACGCUCGACCUGGUCCACAAGAAGAGGCCACGAGGCGCAUCGUACGGUGGUUUGGACUAGGCCAGCGUUACGAGAACGGUGACAGAGUACUGAGCUCCCGAUUAUAA